UUGGUCUCAUUUUGAACAAAAAAUGAGUAUGAGCGUCGCUGAAGCAAAUCACAAGAAGAAGGAAGAGUCGCUGAGACUAGCGAUCGCUGUUUCUCUACUUCGAUCGAAGAUCCAGAAUCGUCAAUCAUCAUCUUCUUCUACUUCCCGUUGUGAUGUUCUCUCUGAAACUGAUGCUCUUCGCUGGAAACAGAAGGCUAAAGAGAGGAAGAAAGAGAUUAUCAGACUCCAGGAAAAUCUCAAGGAUGCUGAAAGUUCUUUUCAUCGUGAUUUAUUCCCAGCGAAUGCUUCUUGCAAAUGUUAUUUCUUUGAUGACUUGGGAGCAUUCAGCGGUAGGAGAAUUGGGGAAGCCUCUGAAGCCAGAUUUAACGAUGUUCUUCGUCGUAGAUUUCUCAGACUUGCGAGGAUAAGGAACAGAAAGGAAUCAACUCAAUCAUCUAAAAGAUUGCGGUCUUCAGAACCAAAAUAUGAAGAGGAAGCAGAGCAUCUAAGGAUAUCUAUUGAUUUUCUCCUCAAACUAUCUGAAGCAGACUCCAAUGUUAGGCCUUCUUGCUUAAAUUUUUUUCUGGCUGUAGAUUUCAUAUUAGCUUCACUGAAGAAUCUGAUAUCGAUGGGAAGGAACUUAGAAUCUGUUGAAGAAUCGAUCAGUUCCAUGAUUACACAGUUGAUCACAAGAAUGUGCACCCCCUUCAGAUUAAAUGAGGUGAAACAACUAGAAACAAGUGUUGGCUUUUAUGUCCAACAUUUGAUCCGUAAACUGGCAAGUGAACCAUACAUUGGACAGCGUGCAAUAUUUGCUACUUCUCAGAGAAUAUCCAGUUUAGCAGAAAAUUUGCUGUUUAUGGACCCAUUUGAUGAAUCAUUCUCAUUCUCAGAGAUGGAUGAGUGCAUGUUUAUACUGAUACAGCUAACUGAGUUCCUCAUAUGUGAUUAUUUGUUGCCCUGGGCAGAGAAUGAAGCAUUUGAAACUGUUAUGUUUGAGGAGUGGAUAUCAUCAAUAGUCCAUGCGCGGAAAGCAGUAGCGGCUUUGGAAGAGAGAAACGGAUUGUAUCUACUCUACAUGGACCGAGUCACAGGGGAAUUAGCUAAACGAGUUGGUCAGAUCACAUCUUUCCGGGAGGUGGAACCAGCCAUUUUGGACAAACUCUUAGCCUACCCAGAAUGACACCUUUCCAG